AACAUGUCGCAGGCGCCGCCCGCCCCAUUGGCGACCGCCAGCAGGGCGACGACCACCGUAUCGUUCGCCACAGCACUCGAUGCCGAAGUCUCGCAACAGCAGCAGCAGCAGCCAACCACAAUUAUUUUUCAAGGAGCCACAAACGAAGGCCCUUCGGCGCAGUUCCACGUGACCGCAGCAGCGGCUGCUCCGGAGACGACCGUCGUCGUAGAACCGCCGGACCAGACACUCGUUUGCGUUACCGCAACACCGGCGACAUCAGCGAGGCGAUCAGAUUCGACAGCAUGCCGACGACUGUCAACAUCUACGGAAAUCAGGCCCAGCACCACGGCGCAAAGCGUCGACGCCGUUCACUUUGUCGAGAGCUCGCAGAGAAACGACAGCAGCUCAAGCUCGGACACGCAUGUCACAACCGUGUGGCAAGCUCGCUUCUUGGACAAUUGGGAGCAGGAAAAACAACCGCCCGAGGCCAAAUCAACUGACCCGAUAAUUCCCAGAGAAAACCGCUUGUACGGUACCUUGGUGAAGAAUUUGCCCCAGCGUGGUCACAGCAUGCUUUACAUUAUCCUAUUGGUGGGCACGCUUGCAGGAAUGGCAGCCACCUUCAGCAUUUAUGCCAGGCGUCAUGCGCGCCAUGUGAGCACGGAGAACGACGCUGAUACUGAAGGCAGUGGGCAGCAGCCGUGGAUGUUCGGCCCGUGGGUGAAUGGCGACGCCGCCAAGAGGGUGUCCUGCUUCGACCCGUCGUGCAUCAACCAGUUUGUACAGUUGUCUCGGUCGCUGGACUCAACCGUGAGUCCGUGCCAGAACUUCUAUGGUCACGUAUGCUCUGCGCGGCGGACCAACGGGACAGUUGACGAGCAAAUAGCACAACAGACCGAAUCCCAUGUGGUGGGCUUUUUCAAGGGCAUCGGCAGCCCUGACAGGGACUUACCUGUGGCGUCUGCCUCGAGACGCCUCUGGAAGGACUGCGUCGACCUGGCCACGCUGAGCAAGUUAGGCAGGGCACCUUUGCAGGCACUGCUCAACCUGACUGGCUUGGGUGGCUGGCCGUACGCCGGUGUAGUGCAGCCUGGACAAGUGUGGAGGACGGCUGGCAUGCUGCAGCGGUUGAUGGGGCUGGCACCACUCGUCGGUGUUGUCGCGCUGCCUGAUGGCACCGUGCAGUUGGUCCCGGGUGACCAGGGAAGCCUGGAAGCCGAUGACGUCCUCGACUCCAUGCUGGCACUGCGGCGCAACAGCUCGCGUCUUCGCGAUUUGGCGGCGGACGUGGCUGACCUGGGGCGCCGGCUGAGCGGCUUGCGCGAGCGCCGCGCGCCUACCGACGGCUCCGACGUGCAACCGCCGCAGCUCUACCUGGACGCAGCGCUAGAAGGCUUGCAUAGGCCGGGCGCAGUGCGCGUAGGGGAGGCAGGAUUGCUGAAGCAAUACGUGCUUCUCGUUAACAAGAGCAGUUCCCGUACGGUGCUUAACCUGCUCGGCUACCGGCUUAUCCGACACGUUGACCUCUUCACACCGGCUGUCGUGAAGACUGACCUCAACUCUGGAGCCUCAUCCAGAAGGGAGUCCCUGUGCGCGCGCAUGACCCUCGAAUAUGCGCUAACGGCCGACGCAGCCGAGUACGUGCGCUACGCAUCGCUGCGACGCCACCUCGACUUCGACUUGGUGCGGUCGACAGCGGCGCAGCUGAAGCGCGUGCUGGUCGCAAAGCUGUCGGAACUGCGUUGGGUGGACGGCACUACGCGCAAGAGCGCCCAGACGCGCCUGCGGGAGCUCAAGGUGCGCUUCUUCUUCGACCGCUACGAGGGCAGCAACGGGAGCGCGCAAGCCCGUUGGCCGACCGCAAUUCCGUCGCAGGCCUUGGCCACCUACCAAAGAUUCCGCGAGGCACGCUUUCGGAGCCAGUUGUCCCAAGGCGACGAUGUGUUGGGCGCCCAGCAGCAGUGCGCCUACGACGUCGGAUACAAGGUGAUGUUCGUCGGGCUGUCUGCCGUGGAGGUGCGCGAGCCCGAGAGCCCCGCGUGGCCCGCGUUCCAGGCGGCGCGGUUGGGCCCGCGCCUGGCGCGCUGUCUGCUGCACGUGCUGCUGCAGCGCGUGCACUGGUCGGCCGCGUCACGUGGCCGACUGGAGGCACUGCGUAGCCGCGGCUGCGGACAUACAAUGGCCGACAGCGGGGCCCUGGCGCCGGCCAAGGACGUCUUCGACACGUACGUGCGCCGGCUCGGACAAGGCGCCACCAACACGCCCAGCUGGGACAAGGCGUUUUACCUUGUUUACGCCAACUCUCUGUGCGAGGAUCCCGACCACCAGCGCAGGCCACAGCAGCACGAUGGUCCGCAUUGGGAGCGCGUCAACCGGCCGUUGUCCGCCGACCUGACAUUCCAGAAAGUGUUCCAGUGUCACCUCCAAGAAAACAACAGCUCGUGCUCCUUUUGGGGGGCAUGAUGACUCCUGCUCGGUUCACUCGCCGCUACUAUUUCAAAUUAAAUA